AUGGAGGGGCUCUACUUUAACGUAAACAACGGUUACUUAGAAGGCAUCGUACGGGGGUAUAAGAGUGCCGUUCUUAACACAAAUCACUACCUAAAUCUCACACAAUGCGAGACUCUUGAAGAUCUCAAACUCCAACUAAGUGCAACAGACUACGGUAACUUUCUUGCGAACGAACCCUCACCUAUUGCCACGUCUACAAUAUCCGAGAAGGCUACAAAGAAGUUGGUCGACGAAUUUAAUUAUGUUCGUUCUAAUGCUGUUGGAUCACUAGCCAAGUUUUUGGAUUAUCUGACAUAUGCUUAUAUGAUCGAUAAUGUAAUUCUCUUGAUAACUGGGACGCUGCAUGAAAAAGAUACACACGAAUUGCUCGAACGAUGUCAUCCAUUAGGGGUGUUUGAAUCCAUGCCUGCUUUGUGUGUUGCGACUAACACUGCUGAUUUGUAUGAUACAGUGUUAGUGGAGACACCACUUGCCCCAUAUUUCAAGGACUACGUAUCGGCAACCGACAUUGAUGAAAUGAACAUUGAGAUUAUCCGUAAUAUACUUUACAAGACGUACUUGGAAGAUUUUUACGGUUACUGCAAGAAGCUUGGCGAUACUACUGGCGAGUUGAUGUGUGAAAUACUAGAGUUCGAGGCUGAUCGACGCGCAAUCAACAUAACAAUAAACUCGUUUGGUACGGAGCUCUCGAGAGACGACCGUGCAAAACUUUUCCCAAAGUUGGGAAAAUUGUAUCCAGACGGACAUUCGAAACUUGCUCGGGCUGACGACUAUGAUCAGGUUAAAGGCGUGGUUGAAGUGUGGGCGGAGUAUCGUCCAUUUUUCGAUACCACUUUAUCAGAAGCCAAGACGCUCGAGGACAGUUUCUUCGAAUACGAAGUGCAUCUUAAUAAAUUAACUUUCCAACAGCAAUUUAAUUAUGCUAUCUUUUAUGCAUUUUUAAAAUUAAAGGAGCAGGAAAUUCGCAAUAUUAUUUGGAUUGCUGAAUGUAUUAGUCAAGGACAGAAAGAGAGGAUCAAUAACUAUAUACCGAUCUUCUGA